CCACCACAAACACACACAAGCAGGCGAUGAGACUCCCAGCAAACAACCUCGCAGGAUGGACUCGUCACACUCACAUCUUCUCAAGAAACACCCCAAGGGCAUUCACACCCUCGACCCAGCCAGCCCAACUACCCCAUUUUAACAGCCACAUCCCACCCAUUUCAAUUUCAAACCAAAACCACAGCCCAAAACCGCAGUCAUUCUCAUCUAACUCAAACUUCAACUCUCCAAUCAACAAGAAGAUCAAGUACCCCAGCUUGAAAAAUCACAGGAUCUUACUCGUCAAGAAAUCUAAUGAUGACCGAGCUUCCAACGCACUCAAUUCAUUAAUCUCGUAUCUUGACCAACAACGCCCUCAAAUUAAGACGAUAGUAGAAGAGGAUCUCCAGACACUCGAAUCACGCAAAGAUAUCGACCUGGUGAUUGCCCUCGGUGGAGAUGGCACAGUUCUUCACAUUUCUCAUCUUUUCAAAAAUACUGCCUGUCCCCCCAUUCUGGGAUUCAACUUGGGUACAAUCGGAUUUCUACUACCCUUCGCUCCCAAUGAUUGGUUUGACGUCAUCAAUCAGGUUUUAACCGGAAAAAUCGGAGUCGAAGAAAGAAUGAGAUUGGAUUGCUUUACUGGACAAAACGGAAGUGGACUUCAAAGCGGAGACACAAAUGCUAUAGCUCAGCGGAAUCUGUCAGCAUCAAACUCUUUGGUUGACUUGAGUGCAAUGAACGAAGUCAGCCUCCAUCGCAACGAUUCUCCUCAUAUGGUGGCAAUCAACAUUUCGAUCGAACAUCGGUUCCUGACGCAGGCUGUCGCCGACGGACUAAUCAUCGCCACCCCCACGGGUUCCACAGCUUAUUCGUGCUCAGCGGGCGGACCAAUUGUCUAUCCAAGCAUGGAAGCCAUGCUGUUGACUCCAAUCUGUCCACGUAGUCUCAGCUUCAGACCGCUCGUAUUGCCCGCUGAUCUCCAUGUCCAACUAGCGUUGGACCCCAAGUCCCGAUCAACCGCCGAACUCAGAGUCGACGGCAUCGCGAUCAAGACUAUCCAGCCCGGCGAAUCAAUCGAGAUCCGGCGCUCAGAGCACCCCAUUCACAUCUUCUCACCUCCAAACUCGAAUGCCUUCGUUCACGACCAUUGGAUCAAUGAUUUGAACAUGAUGUUAAACUUCAAUCGUUCUUAUCAAUCCAAAGAUUCUCGUUAAAAAUGAUUCCUCACAGCUCUGUUUCUCUUGCAUCAAACCGUCUCACUCACUUUUCUCCCUCUUGUAGCUUUUCGC